ACACUAAUCAUGGCUUAUCCUCCUUCGCUUAUUACAGGCGAGUUGGUUGUAGUAGCCUUAAAGGCAGAAAAAUUACAACAUAAGGCACCUGGUAAACAGAGUCCCUUUUGUAUAUUUAGAGUAGGAGAUGUCAUUAAAAGAACAAAAACAGAUGAAGGAGGUGGACUUUAUCCAAUCUGGGAUGAUCAGGUAAAUAUACCUGUUUCAGCUGGACAUCAUCAAUUACAUAUACAAAUAUUUGAUAGAGACAAUAACAAUCCAAACAAUUUGAUGGCGGAAGGGAUUGUUGAUUUACAAAAAGUGUUUAGAGAUAAGGAACAUGAUGACUAUUUUCCAUUAAAUCUUCAUAAUAGACCGAGUACGGGCGUUAUUUAUUUAGAGUUAACAUUUUAUGCAGCAGUAAAUCAGUCAAGACCACCGCCAAUACAACAGCAAGUAAGGUAUCAAUAUCCCCCUGGUAGUACUGGAGGAGCACAUUGUAGACCUCAACAGCAGCAGAGACCACCUAAUCAUUAUAACAGACCAUCAAUGCGACCCAUGCCUCCUCCUCCUCCUCAACAUGUGUCCUCAGUAUCACAUCAAUAUGGCAGACCUGUGCCUUCACCACAACAACAUAUGUCACCGGCACCACAACAGUUUAGUAGACCUAUUAUGCAUCAGCCAUCUUAUAAUAGUAGACCUCCUUUACACGUUGUAUCAUCAUCACAAUCUCCAUAUAGGCCAUUACCACAACCGCCAAUUACAAAUAAUAGACCGUCUGUCAUGAUGUCUCCUCCUCCUCCUCCUCCUCCACAAGCCUUUCCUCAACCAAUGUAUGUUAAUCCAUCACAAACUAUGUCAGCAUCUCGACCUUUAUUAUCUGCUCCUUACAAUCCAGCUCCAUCCCCUAUUAUAACAAGACCUAGGCCUAUGGAUCCUAAUGGUUAUCCUCCUCCUCCUCCUCCUAAUAGACAACAGCCUCAUCCCUCCCAAAAUACAGUAAGAUAUUUUCCUCCUUCAAUGAAUUAUUAUCCAUCACAAAAUAGUCAUAGUUAUCCGCCAUAUUAAUAUUUAAUGCAAAUAAAAUUCCGAACUUCUAUACAUGCUCCCAGGCCUAUUUUUCUUUCUUUUUUUUUAUUAUUAAUAAAUUUUGUUAUGUUUUCAAUAUUUCGUAAAA